AUCAUUCUUACAUAUUCCAUACAUAAACGGUCUUUUACGAUAAAAAAUAAAAUACAAGAUGGCUUCGUCACAAUAUGGCUCCCUCACCCCAAUCCAACAAUACAAUCAACUAUCGUUCGCCGUAAUUCCACCAUCUAAUCCACCACCAAAACAGCUCCAUCCGUCGUCUCAUCCCCAUCCUCGUCCGCAUUCGCAAUCGCAGUCUCAUCUUCAUCAUCAGUUACACCACACAGCUUCUACGACUACGAUACCCGCGCCGGUCUACCAGCAACAACCACAGCAGCAACACCCAUCAGCUUUAUCGCCCGCCGUACAACCAACUCUACAAACCAACAAUAGCAAUGUUAUACAACAACAACAACAACAAAAUAUCGAAGCCAACACCGAUCCGAGCCUCAAUACCGAACCUCUAACAUCCACUCCUUCGACAAACAACACACCUACUAUUGCCACUCCCGACAACAAUGUUGCCGUCGACACAUCUGCAACAACUCCUACCACCGAACCCCAACGCAAACGUCGCCGAAUAGGCCGCCCUCCAAAAUCCCAAGCAGCGCGGGACUACCUAGCCACAACCGCAACCCUCCCCCAACCCUCACAACCGACCCGCGCACCCAUAGUCCACACACCACACCCCCUAAACCGAGGUCCCUACAACACCUCCGACGAUGCCGUCUUCUCCCUGCAACUGCACGUCUUCACCUCCGGAUACGGCGUAUCCCAAAAACGCACCGUAAAAGAGAAACUCCCCUCAGGCCGAUACGACCCCAGCGGCAACGUAAUACGCAAAGACUUCUCCUGCGACCGGGGCGGCGCCGAAUUCGUAUCACAAAGCACAGGCGAGCGUCGACGGGAAAGUAAAAAAUGCGGGUGUCAAUGGAAAGCCGUAGUGCGCCGGCUAAAACGAGAAGGUGAUUUAUGGUUCGUCGAAGUUCUCGAUGCGAAUCAUAAUCAUCCCGUUACACCUCCGGAUCAGAUGCAUACGAUCGCUUCGUACCGCAGGUGGCAGAGGGAGAAUAACGCGGGGAUUAGAUCGGCGAUUGAUAGGUUAGCUCGUGCUGCUGCUAUGCCGGCGUUGCAGGUUGCGGAUUAUUUGAAGGGACGCUUUGCGGAUCCAGAUUUGGAUAGGAUUGAUCGACAUAUACUGCGCGCGUUGAGUAUGAGUGAUGUCGAGACUAAUCCUGGUGCGGCGACGACGGAAGCUACGGUUUUUGAUGUUGUGGCAAGGAGGCCGACGAUUAUAUUGCAGGAGAAUGUUGGAGAUGGAGGUGGAGGGACAGGUGCGAGUGGAAGUUCGGGUGCUGCGGUAGGGUACUGAUUCGGCGCCGUGGUGUCCUCGUGUGAGGUGUAGGACUACCGGCUACCCGUCGCUGGGAAAGGAAGAAGGCAUACACAUACCUGAGGUAUGUAUGACUCUGAGCUUGCUAGUUAUGCCGCCGGCUACUACGAGUAAGUGUCUUAGUCCACCCCUACUGCCCCCAUAAAAAUACAAAUCCCACCCAGGAAGACAUUCCAAUGGAACGGUUAUCUAGUUUGGCUGGAAACAGUAAGAAGUCGCGAUACCGCGAGGAUAUGAAGAGCAUUCUCUGACUGUCUAGCUGUACCGUGGUACAUACCCAGUCUAGUAUCUAUGGUGAUACUUGAGAAUAGUCAGCAUUCAAUGCUUCUGAAGAGAUGAGGGAAGCAAGGAUAAGCAAAUCCGAUGCUUUCGAAAUGCCAACAAGGCUAAGAAUAAAUCAAAAUAAAUUGAAACCAAAUUGCAGGCUCGGACGCGAGCACGUUAUUUCUCUUCCUAUUCUGCGUGUGGUUCAUCUAUUUCUCACGAUAUACAAACAAUAAAGUAUCCAAGUCUGU